AUGCCACGGAGGUCCGGCGUCUACUCCCGGACUGUUGUCAUAGCAACCGCAACCGGAAGUGACGUGACGUCAAAAGCGGCCAAUGAGCGUUCCCGAGCCGUCGCCAUAGUGACGCGGCUUGGGGACCGGAGACAGCCCUACAACAUCGAGCUGUUCCUGGUGGCUGACAGGAAGGAGUUUCAGCGGCAGGGAGAGGACCUCCAGAGGACCAGACACCACCUCAUCUCUGUGGCCCAUCACCUAAACAGGAUAUUUUCAAAGAUCAAUUUCCAGGUCUUCCUGGUGGGGAUAGAAAUCUGGACACAGAAAAACCAGGCUGUUGUGUCAGAGACCGCUUCCACCACCCUGCAGAGGUUCCUCAGGUGGAGGACAGAGGACCUGCUGCCACGGAAACAUCACGAUAACAUCCAGCUUAUUAGCGGUGACCACUUCAAGAACCACGCUCUCGGGGAGGCGUUCGUGGCCAAGAUGUGCACACGGUCUCAGAGCGGCGGAAUCAUCAAGGAUACUGGGCUCAGCGCCAGAGAACUCGCCAAGUAUGUCGCGCACGAGAUGGGCCAUAACCUGGGGAUGAAUCACGACACGGAGAAUUGCCACUGUUCCGCAGCCAGAGGGAAAUGUCUGCUUUCUGGACGCACGGGGUAA